ACGUAGACCGUAGACGCGCCUCGGGGCCCAUCUGUCAUCGAUUCACCGUCCGCUCGUCUGCACAGCCUGAGCAAACCGCGAGCACCGUUGGCGCCGUUCUCCCUCGACUCCGACUUGCACUUUCGGGCCACCCAGCAAGCCGAACUCUCUAGCCGAGCCAAGCAACUGAAAACCAAGGAUGGCCUCCUCGUACCGCCGCAGGCGCAUCUUCUGGAGUGUUAUCCUCCUCACCGCCGGCGUGUUCUUCUACGUAAGCACCUAUGGCGGCUCCUCGUUCAUCUCUCUCCCCGCGUCUCUCAAAGACAUUGGCUUCUCCCCGUCGUCCUCACGCGCCGGACAGGUCGCGCUCGCGAAGCUGAAGGACAUCACCGGCCGCAAGAACAAUGUCUCCGAGAUUCACGGCCUCCUCUACUUCAUCUCGCAGCACCCGGAUCGUACUCUGAACGAGAAGGAGGGCGGCAUCGAGGUGGAGGGGAGAGGCCUCGUGAAGGUGGACCCCGAACAGGCCGUUGACCUCGACGUCUACGCGCCUGACGGUCACCGGAAAUGGGACGCGCAUCUGAAAGUGCUCAAGAAUGAACACCCGGUUGUCGUGUUCAGCAAGACGUUCUGCCCUUACUCACAACGUGCGAAGGCGCUGCUUCAAAAAUACGAGCUGGACCCACCGCCCCACAUCGUCGAACUAAACACUCGGAGUGACGGUCAAAUAAUCCAAAACAUCCUGAAGAGACUAACAGGGCGGCGUACCGUGCCCAAUAUCCUCAUUCACGGUCAAUCACUUGGUGGCUCUGACGACAUCCACGCGCUACACGAACAGCACAAGUUGAAGGGUGUUUUAGAGGAUGCUGGAGUAGAGGUGAACGGGUUGUGGGCGGGGUUGCAGGUUCAUGAUGCAUAGCAUGGGACUUUCCUGUAGAACACCGGGUGUAUGUCUAUUUGCUGUACCAUAUCAUAGACCUCCCAAGCGAGGCCGUAAGCACACCGGUGGCUUGUGGCUCAGACAUGACACUUAGCGAGGCGCGCUGCUCCCGCUGAAGGUAUGGUAGGGUAUGUGCAUGCUCUACACCACAGCCCUUCGGCGACGUCUG